AUGACUAAGGGAAGUAAGACAAGCGAUUUGGCAUUAAGCUUUGCAAUGGCAGUAGUGGUAUUGAUGAUUGGAAUAGGAGUCAAGGGAGUAACAAUAUGCAACAUGGAUUCAAGUCAGCUAGCUGAAUGUUUACCAGCAAUCAGUUCGGGACAGGCAUCACCUCCACCACCAACACCAGGGUGUUGUGAUGUUAUGAAACUUGCAGACAUGCAUUGCCUUUGUACUUACAAAGUAAUACUUCCUGCUUUUGGCGUUGAUCCGGAACUUGCAAUGGGUGUACCCAAAAAAUGCAAUCUAACUGCACCACCUGAAUGCAAUGGUGCAUGA